AUGGCGCCUAUCGGUGUUGGAAUCAUUGGCCUCUCAGCUGCUGGAGGAUCCUGGGGUGCCUCCGCUCAUCUACCCUACCUCAAGGACUCAGCAAAGUACAAGAUUACCGGCGUCUGCAAUUCAUCGACCGAGUCUUCACAAAAGGCAAUCGACACUUAUGGCUUCUCAGCAGAUGCUAAAGCUUAUGGCUCAGUCGCAGAGAUGGCAGCUAGCUCUGAUGUUGAUCUUGUUGUCUGCGCUGUUCGAGUUGACCGACACUACGAAGCCAUGAAGCCCGCCCUCGAAGCUGGAAAGGAUUGUUUCGUGGAGUGGCCCCUCGCCUCGAAUGUAGAACAAGCUACCGAGCUACUUCAAAUUGCUGAGCGCAAGGGCGUCAAGACCAUGAUUGGUUUGCAAGGCCAGAUGAGCCCUGUCAUCAGCCGCAUCAAGGCCAUCAUCGAGAAAGACAAGGCUAUCGGCCGCAUCACCGGCAGUCAUGUCAGUCUGGCCGGCAUGUUAGGUGGCAAAGAGACCAUCGAGCCCAUGGAGUAUCUCAACUAUGCUGAAACCGGCGGAAACAUGCUUGUAAUCCCAUUCGGACACCUCUACGACUCUAUAAGUUAUACUCUUGGUGAGCUUCAAGAAGUCUCUUCGACGUUGUCCAUUCAGCACCCAGAUGUUGUUGUCAAGUCUGCGGAUGGCUCGAAAAUUGUCAAGACCGUUCGCCGCACGGCAGCCGACCACAUCUCCAUGUCUGGCCUUCUUCCAAACGGUGCUCAAUCUUCGGCAGUGGUGUAUGGAGGUCAGGCUUUCCCAGGCGACCCUAGUUUCCUUUGGCGAAUUGAAGGCGAGAAAGGUGUCAUUCAGGUUCGUGGUGACCAACCAUUUGCUUUGAGUAUGUCCUUGGACAUGAAUGUUCAGAUGCAACUGCUCGAGACUGGUGAUGUAAAGGAUAUUGAGUUCACAGAGGAUAAGCCGGGACCUCCUGGUAAUGUUGGAAGACUCUAUGAGGCAUUCGCUGAUGGCCAGUACUACCCUGACUGGAAGUGGGCUGUCAAGCGUCAUGCCUGGGUGGAUGCUCUAUACAAAAGCAACGAGACCGGCAAACGUGUGUCCUACGUAUGA